AUGCAUUCUAACCCUUCAUUCCCCCAAUCGACUACUGUUGCUGAAAACACUGCUAGCCUAAAUAACUACUCCGAACCAAUCGAUUUUACUAUUUAUUCCCAAGACAAUUCUUCUGAACUUGAAAAUGAUUCUUACCCUAGUAUACACCAAGUUCAGCACAAUCCUAGUUAUUUAGACGAGUCCGAUUAUUACGCAGUUAACCCCAGUAGUAGUAGUCACCUCCACUCGAAUCACCCUGCAUCACUUUUGUGUUACACACCACACGACCAAUCAUCAUCUACAUUUACUUCGCCACACGGAAACUCCUUAAACGACUGUAAUCCGCUGUCUGAUUUUCAUACAAAUAUCAAUCAGAUUUCUCCCCACCCAACUCCUCUCACCACAAGUGAACAUUUGUUGGUUGAGAACAUUCUGAAUUCGCCUUAUUCUCCUUAUUCGCCAUACGUCGAUUCUCCGUUUUUCUCUCCAGUGUGCAAUAGUUUUCAGGACGUAAUACCGUAUUCGACAACUCCGGACUUUGGGACACCUUACACCGCCUGCACACCGUUAACUCCCUACACACCACUUAUUUCCUUCAAUUCCGAUCUCUCAACUCCUCGUUUUGUACCUAAUACUCCCUCCACUCAGUUCAUCGACGUCCCUCUAUACGAGACCGACAGUAAACUGAGUAAUCUUAAUUUAUUUGAGGAAACAAAACCUGACCCUUCGGACCUCAGAAUACAAUAUAUAUAUCCUUACCACACCGUGAAAAUGGAAGUCAUCUCACCUCCCAUUGAGACCACCGAUAAUGACAAGAAACCAGAGAACGCUUUGGUUCCAGGCACCCCAAAUAGCGAUGGUUCGACUUCUGGCUCCGCCUCAGAAAAAUCGGUUUCAUCGCUCUCGCCUGCCAUUGACCUUUCCGAACAUCAAACGGAAACCAAUUCUGGUUCCCAGGUUGGUGAGAACCCCGAAGUAAAUGCCGAGGGACCAAGAUCACCUUCGUUGCCAAACUCUCCCUACACAACGUCCACCUUUCCCGCAAUUCGACCUCGCCCGCAUGAGGAUGACGAUGAUGGUUCAGAGCCUGCAAUCCGAAGGAGCAAACGUCAGAGGACCAGGAGUGUUUCCGAGAAUGAAGAAGAGAAUGAGGACGACGAGAAAAAGUAUAUGUGUCCUGAUUGCGGUCGCGGGUUCAACCGAAAGUUCAAUAUGCAAACGCAUCGAGCCACGCAUGACCCGAAUCGGGUGAAGCCAUUUGCCUGCGAACAUCCAAAUUGCGGUUCGAGGUUCACUCGAAAACACGAUUUAAAGAGGCAUGUCAAUGGUAUCCACAGGGGUGAACGGGUGCACUCCUGUACGACUUGCAAUAAACCAUUCAGUCGCAAAGAUGCUUGGAAGAGGCAUGUCACAACGUGCGGCAAGAUGUAG